AUGUCGCAGAUUUUCCAAUCUGUGGAAACUCUGACCGAAUCAGACGAAGAGGGGUCCCAAGGUUCUGGGAGCAAGCCUACUAAGCCUGGCUCAACGGCCCAAGAGUUGUGCGCUGGUCGCAAAAGCGCCAAGCGCAAGAGACAGGAAAUCAGUGAGGCGUGUCGACAACGAUUGACAUCGGAACCUGAUCUGCGAAAGUUGCUGCUGAAGUCUUGCACGCAAUGCAAUCGACGGUGCUUGGAGAAAUUCAAAGGCCGGGCCAAAUUCGAAGAGCUCCAGCAAUUCAGGCAAGAAUGGACCGGGCUGCACAAACUGGACCAAGACCAGCUUGCCUUCGAUCGCAUUGGGCGAAUCCUUGCAGAAGAGCGGGACGAGGGAGUUCCCCCGAAGUGGCAGAUUUGUGGGGUCCAAGUUUGCCUAAAAGCUUGGAAGCGCUUGCACGCUUUGGGCUAUUUUGUCACGAUUCAGAUUCAUUCCGACGCCGUUGAAAGCGGUUCUGUUGCGCCGCCAUGCGACCUUCGCUACUUGAAGUCGGGGAGAAAAGAUCUCCCGGGUGAUAGUGUCCGUGGCCGUGUUGUGACAUUCUUGGAACAAGUCUACACCUCUCAAGCGGAAACAUUGCCUGACUUCAGAGAUUCUUUGGGCGAUGACCUUGUGGAGUCUCAGGGAUAUGAGGUCCCCCUUACCAUCCAGCAUCAUUUUCAAGAUCCGUACGCAGAAGAGAUCAAUGAGCCUGCUCCAGACUCAAAGCAGAAAAAAUUUCGGCAACGUUUCAGGACUGUGAAGGUGAACGAGCAUGCCCUUCAAACUCAAGAGGUGCGACAUUUACCGCCAGGAUCAAUGAAGGAUAUAUGGGAACAGUUCCGAUUGUCCGGGGGGCAUGAUGUGAGCUUCACAUCGUUCUGGCGCACUUGGCGUCAGAACUAUCCGAAUUUAAAGUUCCGAAGCUACAGCAGCCAUGCUAUUUGCAGCGAGUGCAUCCAUCACAAGUUACUCAUCAAAGAUCUUUCACAUCACAUCCGGGCACGAAACGCUCAGCAGCAACUAUAUGUGCGGCAUUUGGAUAAUCAAUACCAAGACCGAAUCUCCUACUGGAGAUGUGAGGACAUUGUGGUCACUGACGAUUUUUGGCGCUUACCGCCGCAUCCUCGAGACGUGAUUUUGAGGAUGUUGAUGAAGCCAGGGAAAUCUGAUCGUGAGGUCAAAGUGUUGAAUCCGACCUUGGAUUCAACACUUCUGGUGGUGUGUGAGGGAGAGGCCCACAGUGUCGGAUUUCAGACGGACUUCGGUAUCGCUGGCUAUGCCGAGCCAGAAGAAGCGUUGAAUCUGGUAGAGCUUAUCCUCAUGGAGGGGUUUAGGACCAACAGUGCGUUGCCGGGGACUGAACGGCUAGCAGUGUGCAAGCCGGACUGUGAAUUCUUGGACGACCCGUAUGAUUGCUUGCCGCUCUUGGAUGGUGCUGCGCUCGAAUGUGAUCUACUGGGCCCUUUCAGUCUGGCCUACAUCAAGGGCUGGCGGCGAUCCAUUUGUUUUCUCAUUUGCUUGGAGGCAGUGAGGUAUCAGUAUCAGAAGUUCUCGCUACUGGUUCGUGCUUAUGAAGAGUGGCGCAACGCUUCACUCAUAAUGCGAGCGUUCUCGAUUGGAGAGAAGGAGGCCCUUGCUGUCUCCAACUUGCAGGAGCGAAUCUCCCCGGAGGUUACCGCCGCGCUGCGAGCUGAAGUGCGGCCGCGUGGAAUGAGACGCUGGCUCUCCCAUGAGAUCCUGGCGAAGAACUUGUUCAACCGGGGCUUCAGCUCUGGUACAGGCUGCUGGGACGCCUGGAACGAGCAAUUGACAAAUGGGUCAGAUGAUGCGCUGGUCAAACUAUUCUUGCAACGUCUUACAGGCGACUGGGACAGGCAGCCAGUGGAACUGCGGAAAACGUGGAGUUUGAAAGACGCGCAAUCCUUGCAUGGAGCGUGCGGCUUCUUCUUGCACGUGAUGGGAGAACUGGAGAGUCAGGUUGCAAGGAGUGAUUUUGAUGAUUGCAAGGAUGCCAUCCUCUCGCAAUUUAUGACUGGAUUCAGUGACCCGGAGAUUGAUCACUUGCUGCAAACCACAGUGCCGCCAGUGGAGCUCCGCGACAUUUCUUUCUUGAAGCGCCCUGUUUGUUUCAGUCUGAGCUUUUAUGUGUGUCAGGUGUUUGUCGUGAUUCAGAAUAGAUACCGAUGGCUUUGUGCGCUCUGGAUUCAAGCCAGGAAUGUUGUUGUGGCAUUCGAAGCGCGGACGCAAAAGGAGGUAGAAGCCAAGGAGGCUGAGGCAGCGGCCCGCGUUGCGGAGGCCACAUUGGAGCACUUGAAGGUGAAGCUGAACAAGGACCUGGAGGUGCUACGUGCGCGCGUUUCAACCCCAGAGCACGAAGCGCACGAAGCGUUGAAGGACCAGGCUUACUUGAGGGACAGGAACGGGCAACAGUGGACCCGCGAUUGGUUGGAAACUCAUUGCAAGCUGAUCCCAGUCGACCAGAGCAUGAAUUCUGCAAUGCCCGAAAUUGGACGUUUCCUUAGCAGGGAUGGGCUGGCCAGCGGUGGGCUGGACAUUUUGACUAACACCUCGGUCACGUACAGCAAGCCAAACUCUGCAGGGAACGACAAACGCAAGCUUGCGCAGCAAGCCCUUUUCCUCACCACAGCCAACACGCAGAGCGAGAAUGUUUGGACCGCUUCCAGCGCAUGGGUUUCCCAGACACUGGGGCCUGUGCCCUUGAUCAAGAUUUCGGACAUGAUCGGCUAUGACAGCGACGUUCGCCCAACCCCUGGAGCUCGAACCGAACAGAUGAAGGGUGUGCCAGCUUUCAAUGAGAUCCUGAAGCAGAUUCUGCAAGAUGUAGAUGUGCUGGAGCAUGACAGGGUUGUGGUCCUGGAUGUGGUGCCAAACAAGUAUUGUGAAAUGGGGCGGGCUGUGGUGCAGCGCCUUCUUGUCGACAAGGUCCGAAAGCCUGUCGUGAAGUAUUGUGGGCUGCUGUUUGACAAGGAUGGCCAAGAUGCAACUACUAUGAUUGAGCAACAGGUCUAUGACCUUUGGGAUUCAAGUGGUGACGCUCCGCCGAAACGAAGGGAGCAUGAGGAAUUGCCUGCCCCUUCCUUGGAUGUUCUGUCUUGGUCGAACGGAGUACGCCGAUUCCCGGACAGCUUGUUUGACAGGUUUGUGGCUGGCACAGCGCAGUACCAAGAGCUGAAAGCGUUCAAAGACGAGGUUGUGGCCCUCUAUCCUGAUGCAGCCAGCACUUCAGCUGUCGCUGGAAGCGGACCGCUUGCUGUUCCACGAGCGGGGGGGCGACCGGACUAUUCCAUUGAAGGGGGGAUGCGUCCUGUUGAUUUCACCCGAGAUAUUGGUGCCAGGUUGGCGUGGGUUGAAGGCUCCAAAGGGCGCCCGUCGUUGUUCGUGACAACGUCUAUGGACCUGUUCAUUGGAAACCCAUCGGAGGGAGACAAUCUGACCUUGAGUGGUUGCGAAUUGUGUGGCUUCAACGUUGGUUCUUUCGAGGAGCGGAUUGUUGCUGGAACUGGCGAGGCAGAAACCAACUGUUUGCCGUGGCGUUUGGCAGAUGAUCUUUCGCUGGUCAUCAGCACCGAGCGGAAGCUCUUGAGCUUGGCCGACUUCAUUCACCAGCAAGUGACCAUACAUGGCCUUGCAGACUUUGAGCUUCGUGAUCACAUGCUUUCUGCAAAGCAGCUUCCGCCUGUCCAAACCCAGACUGGGACCGGACAAGCAAAAUUCCUGGCGACGAAGCCGAAGCUGUUCUUGACCGUGGCUCCACAGCCGAAGAGCAUGGUGGUCGAGGAGCGUGAGGAGCCCGAGGAAGCUGAGGUCGCCAAAAAGGUCAUGAAAAGACCUUCAGCUUUACGUAACCCGUUGAAGAGGCCAGCCCAUGAGAGUGAGGCCACCGCCCCUGAACCAGGGACUGAGUCUGGAACCGCUGAGCCAGAAGCUCCUCAGCCAAAGGUCAGCCCAAAGGCGAAGGCGAAAGGACAGGCGAAAGGAAAGGCGAAAGGAAAGGCGAAAGGAAAGGCGAAGGCAGGUGCAAAAGCGAAGGCGAAAGGAAAGGCUAAAGGGAAGGAGGCAGCCAAGUCGACGGCGUCAGGGGGUGAAGAUGCGACCAUUGGUAUCGUAGAGGCACCUAAUGCCAAGCCCAAAGCCAAGCCGAAGCGGAAGGCAAAGGCCGCUGAAGGUGUCGGCGUCGAUGAUGCUGACAGAAGGAUCAGCAAGGUCUAUUAUUACAAGAAAUCUGGUGUGUUCGGUGUGAAGGUGAAUGGCUGGGAGAUGAUCAAGGCCAGUCGGCUUGAUGCUGGCGCUGGUCCUGAAGUUGUAGAGCCGACAGAAUUGCCUGAAGUAGUACCUGUCGAGACAGAACCUAUGGAGCUCCCGCUGGAGGUUGAUUUCAAUGGAGACGACCAGCAGGAAUUUGAGGAGGAGGAAGCCAAGGAGCAUGACCCGACUGUCCUGGAUGUAGAUUAA